AUGACGCAGGAAGUGCAGGAAGAAACCUCUGAGAGUAUUGCACACCAAAAACCGCUGGAUGUCAAAUCAAGCAGUAGACCAACUCGACUAGGACGUGAUGAUCCUUUUGAGUUUGGCAAAAGAACCCUUGAAGAAAAAUCUGACGUUUGGGAUCAUAAUGCCUGGGAUAAUGUUGAAUGGGGAGAAGAACAAAUUAAACAAGCUGAAGAAAAAAUUAAGCAGCAGUUGGAAAAUCCAGUUUCUGAGUUUGACAAAAAACUGUACAAUGAAAACCCGGCAAGAUAUUGGGAUAUAUUUUACAAGAAUAAUAAGGAAAACUUUUUCAAGGAUAGAAAAUGGCUUCAAAUUGAAUUCCCAUGUUUGUACGCGGCCACAAAGAAAGACGCAGGUCCAAUGACAAUAUUCGAAAUUGGUUGCGGUGCCGGUAACACUUUCUUUCCUAUUUUAAAUGAAAAUGAGAAUGAAAACCUUCGAAUCAUCGCUGCCGAUUAUGCUCCAAGAGCUGUUGAGUUAGUUAAAAACUCUUCCCAAUUCAAUCCUAAGUAUGGACAUGCCACCGUUUGGGAUUUAGCAAAUCCUUCGGGCGACUUACCAGAUGGGAUUGCUCCACACUCCGUUGAUAUCGCUGUAAUGAUUUUUGUGUUCAGUGCACUGGCUCCUGAUCAGUGGGAUCAAGCUUUAGAUAACCUACGAAAAAUACUGAAACCCGGAGGUAAAAUUUUGUUUAGAGAUUACGGGAGAUAUGACUUGGCUCAGGUUAGAUUCAAGAAAAAUAGAAUACUCGGUGACAACUUUUACAUCAGAGGGGAUGGUACCAGAGUCUACUUUUUCACAGAGGAUGAAUUAAGAGAUAUUUUCACGAAAAAGUCUUUUAUCGAGAAUCAAAUAGGAACUGAUAGAAGGCUUCUUGUCAAUAGAAAGAGGCAGUUGAAAAUGUAUAGAUGCUGGUUGCAAGCCGUAUUUGACAUUCCAAAAUGA